UAAACUUUGCACGGGUGAAUAACGAGCUUUACUGGAGCCCAAAAUACAGCCCUAUGUGUUUAACCCAGCAUUGAUCACAUCAAGUCAAAUCUGCGCAGAUCUGCAUCAAGUCGAACAAGCCUGUUAAGUCAGCUGCACACGCACAUCUCGAACGUACUUUGUGUUAGCUGGGUCACGUCACACCCUGCUUCUAUGACCGCGGAAGGAGUUGCUCGUAUUGGCACAGAUCAACUAUCGACUACUGAAACAAAUCUCUUUUGUUGUGAGGAUGGCAAGUGAUGGCAACCCAAAAUGCUAAAAGCAUGUACAUGAAAUGUAGUUUGCAAACUGUGAUUUUGAAUUUGUAAAGAAAAUGGCCCGAAGUGUGAACUUCAAUCCAGAUUCACACCACCUUGAAGCAGAAAUGGAAAGCCCCAUUGAUGAAGCAGCAGUUCAUGACUCCUUCAGUCACUUGAUAGAGGAACAGGUUCAGGGCUUUCCAAACGCCCUAGAAAUGGACCAGUUGGAACUUGACGAUGAGGCCAGAGAUGAUGUAGGCUACUUGGUAAACCCAGUGAUGCGACAAGAAGAAUGCCACCAACAAGGAGAUCCACAUAUUGAACACUGGUCCUCUGCUACUCUAAGAAUUCUGUCCUCGAUGCCGAGCCGCACAAUUGGCCGCAGUCGUGGUGCAAUCAUCUCUCAGUACUAUAACCGCACUAUGCAGUUGCGCCGCCGCAGGCAAAGUCGGCCAUCUAUACGUGACUUUUCCCAUUCUUCCCGGCCCAGUAUCCGUGGUUAUGGUGGAGUGGAGUCAGACUUGGGGGAUUUACAUGAAGAGGAAACUAAGAGAGAGCGCCUUGUGAAUAACCUGCAAAACCUGAGUGUUAGUGAUCGUGUGCGAAUGCUUAGGGCUAUGCCCCUAAGUGUUUCAGAGAAGACUGAACUCAGGCAUCUGGCACUUUGGCAUAAAGAGCGUUCAUUUUCUAGAAGCAACAUCCCUUGCUGCAGUCAAUUUAAAUAUUAUCUGAUCAUUGCUGCAAGACAAACUUGGUAUAGUUGGCUGUCACUACUGUCAUCCCUGCAGCUUUGGCAAACCGCACUGAAGACAGUGAGCGGACGUUUUGGCACAGGCGUCCUCUCGUAUUUUGUUUUCCUUAGAACGCUUCUUUUCUUCAACAUCUUCCUCUUCUCUGUUACUGGGCUCUUUUUAGUACUCCCACAGGCUGUGUUCCCCCCAGUGCUCUCCAACACCACAGGACUGUCUGGUCUGGAACUUCUCACUGGAGGGGGUUAUUUCACAGAGUCAGUCAUGUUCUAUGGAUACUACACAAAUGUCACGCUGAAGAAAGACUGUGUUUCAAAAGAGUCCAUUUCAUCAACUCUAAGUGAAGUAGGGUGUCAUGGAGGUCUUUCCUACAACAUGCCCCUUGCCUACUUCUUUACCAUUGGAGGUACCUUCUUUGUCACCUGCAUCAUUCUUGUUUACACUAUGUCAAAGUUAUUUGGGCAGAGUUUCAGGAUUGAUAAGUCUCAGAGUAUCUUGGCCAUGAAAGUUUUCUGCUCCUGGGAUUUUAAAGUCAUCAAGAAAACGUCUGUCAAACUGCAAUCAGAAAAUAUCUCCACAUUGCUUAAAGAGCUUUUAGCAGAGAUCAGUCAUAAAAAAGGGGAAGCACCCAUCCGUCAAAGGCUAGGUCGGAUCUCAAUGCAUUUGCUAGCCUGGUCCAUGUGUGUGGGAAGCAUCUUGGCUUGCGUCUUUGCUGUCUACUACUUCUCUGAAUAUAUGUAUGAGGAGUUCCGAGCAAAAUACAGCAAAUCAUCUGACAGCCCUAGCCUGCUUGCUCUGCCUGUGGUAGUGUCAAGCAUUAAUCUCCUGCUGCCAGGUUUCUUUAAUAUAGUCGCCUCAAUGGAGAAGUAUGACUCACCCAGUGUGCGCACCUAUGUUUCUAUUAGCAGGAACCUUAUGUUGAAAGUGAGUGUCCUUGGCAUUUUGUGCUAUCAUUGGCUGGGUCGCAUUGCAGCUAACCCGCAGAGUCUUGUGUGUUGGGAGACAUUUGUUGGCCAGGAGCUAUACAGAUUCCUUGUGAUGGAUUUCAUCUUUACUGUACUGGAUACAUUCUUUGGGGAAUUUUUGUGGAGGUUGUUUUCACAGAAACUGCUAAAGAGGAGGAGGAAACCUGUGUUUGACAUUGCACGGAAUGUUCUGGAGAUGAUAUAUGGACAAACACUUGCUUGGAUGGGUUUGCUGUUUACGCCAUUGUUGCCGGCAGUACAAAUUAUAAAACUUAUCUGCCUGUUUUACAUGAAGAAGACCAGUUUGAUGAUGAACUGCCAGGUUCCAAGAAAACCAUGGCGUGCCAGUCAGAUGACCACCAUCUUCAUUACCCUGCUAUGUUUUCCCUCUUUUCUGGGUGCAGCUGUGUGUGUCACAUGUACAAUGUGGUCAAUCAAACCAUCUCAAAGCUGUGGACCAUUCCGUGGCCUGCAGACCAUGAUUCAGUCUGGAAAACUCUGGGUUAAACAGCUAGAGAGUGCCAACUCUAACUUGGCCUGGCUCACUUGGGUGCACACUUACUUGGUGGAGAACCCGGUGAUCUUCCUUUUUCUCACUGCCAUGAUCUUCUUCAUUGUCAUCUACUUCCACACGCAGGUGGUAGAUGGACAGAGGAAGAUAAUCACUCUUCUUCAGCAUCAAAUUGAAAAUGAAGGGAAGGAUAAAAAGUUUCUGAUCACCAAACUGCAGGCAAUCCAUGAACAGAGUCGACCUUUGUCUUCCCAACGAAUCAGAGGAACUAGUGAGGACUCCAGUUAUUAUUGAGCUUUAAUGAUAAUAAAUGCAAGCAGCAUGUUACAUCCAGACGUCCAUAUUGAAUCAAACAGCACAUCGCUCAGACUAAUAUACCCAACUGGACAGCAAUGGUGGUAAACCGUAUUCUUCAUGGUCAUUUAUUGUUACACCUCCGUGUAAGUGUGCAAGGAGAGUAAAAAUCUUGCUACAUCAAAUAAAUAUUUGCUACUAAGUGCUAAUGGUAGGAGUGUUAUGUUGAUGUUAUAGCAGUUUUGUCUGAAUAGAUGUGUGUGUGUGUGUGUGUGUAUGUGUACAGUACUGUUGAAAGAGUUUAUGUAGUUUAUAUAGUGUGAAAUUGAGAAACUGUAAGAGACAGGGAAAUUUAUGUUUCUGACAGGAGUCAAUUUCAGAUAGAAAAAAAAUAUAUAUACUAACAAUUACUAACAAUGCAGUUUGAGAAUUAAUGGCAAAGGAAAUUAUGUUUGAGUUCAUGUCUUUCAUAAGUCUUUUAUUUUACACACCUUUCGAAAAUCAUCUUUUGGUGAUCUCACAAUUAAAACAAUGAGGAAAAAUCCAACCUUGAGGGGAAAGAAAUUUAUUCUGAGAAACAAAAAUACCUCAUAACAGGGAGGCUACACCAGUCCCCUAACUGAAAUGUUCAGUUCGCGUUGCGUCUGCUGCAACAAUUAGCUUCCAUUAUGAUCAGAGGAACUGGCUACACCAGAUGUGAUAGUGGUGCAUACGUUCGAAAAAAUAGACCAGUCUUCUGAAACAAUUUUUACACGCCGUGAACAGAUCGCUUCAGUUACGCGCCCGGCAGUGUUGUGGCUGAAUGCGUUCAUUGAAUGAUAGUUUAUGAACUCGUUCAUAUUUUGGGUGAACGUGAACUGAACGUACUGUAUUACUGCCUGAUAAACGUUACUGUGAACUCGUUCAUUCUGGUGUCUGUGAACUGUACGCUCUCUCAGUUUAACUUCGUUCAAUAGGGUGCCAGAUUUCUACAGAGCCUUCCAGGCGAAUACCCGGCUAUAACACACAGUAAACAGGCCUUAAUAUGUAGCGGAAAAAACACCUGAUCUGGCAAGGCCAGCCAUCAGUGUCGCACCGCCGCAUGCGUCAUCAAAACAAAAGCAGCGUGUAGGCCAGCAUUUCUCAAACUAUAGGCUGCGGUCCUUUUUCCCAUAGGAAAAAGAAUGAGACAAUU